AUGGCACUUUAUCAAAAAACAAUUGAAAACUUUGAAACAUUACUUAAAUGUGACAUAAUUGAUUUAAAUAAACUCAAAACUCUUGCAUUUAAUGGUUGUCCAGCUGAGAAUGGUAUACGUAGUUUAACAUGGAAGAUUCUACUUAAUUAUCUUUUACUUGAUCGAACAAAAUGGGAAACACAUUUAGCUAAACAACGUGAAUUAUAUCGUGGUUAUAUUCGUGACACUAUUAUAAAACCUGGUCUUACACCAACAUCUCAUUCGGAUAUUGUUGAUCAUCCAUUAAGUUCUGCACCAGAGAGUUCAUGGACAGCUUAUUUUAAAGAAAAUGAAGUUUUACUUCAAAUUGAUAAAGAUGUUCGACGACUUUGUCCUGAUUUAUGUUUUUUUCAACGUAAAACUGAUUAUCCAUGUGCUGAAAUAAUGAAACAAGAAACAGGUUUUGAAAGUUUACGUAAACGUAUUGCAUCAACAUCACUUAAAGUUGAAUCACAAACUCAAUCACGUUUAACUGGUCGAUUAGAAUUUCUAUCAAAUAAAACUUUAUCUCAAAAAAAAAAUAAUUCAUCAAAUUUCACAUCUGAUGAUGGUGAAUAUGAAAUAUUAGCUGAUGGAUGUGAAGCACAUUGGGAAGUUGUUGAAAGAAUUUUAUUUGUUUUUUCAAAACUUAAUUCUGGACAAAGUUAUGUACAAGGAAUGAAUGAAAUUAUUGGACCUAUUUAUUAUACAUUUGCUACAGAUCCAAAUAUAGAAUGGAGAGAAUAUGCCGAAGCAGAUACAUUUUAUUGUUUUACAAAUUUAAUGAUACAUAUACGAGAAAAUUUUAUGAAAGUUUAUGAUAAUUCUGAAUUUGGUAUUCGUGUACGUAUGCAAAAAUAUACAAUGUUAUUAAAACAAACAGCUAAAGAUAUAUAUGAUUUAUUUGAAGAACAACAUUUAAAACCUGAAUUUUAUGCAUUUCGUUGGUUAACAUUAUUACUUUCACAAGAAUUCAAUUUACCAGAUGUUUUACGUAUAUGGGAUUCAUUAUUUGCUGAUCAAGAACAAAAUUUUCAAUUUUUAUUUUAUAUUUGUUGUGCUAUGGUUAUUCUACAACGAGAUCAACUUCUAAAUGAAACACAAGCACAUAAUAUUAAAUUACUACAAAGUUAUCCACCUGAUACGGAUGUACAUAAAAUUUUAGAAAAAGCAGUUGAACUUAAACGUAUGCAUGUUAAUUGA